AUGGCAACAGUAGGAGAAAAAUUGAUGAAACGUUUAAUCCAACUUGGAGCUACGAUGGCUGUUGGUGCUGGUGUUGUAUCGAAGGCAUUAUAUAACGUUGAUGGUGGACAACGAGCUGUAAUCUUCGAUCGCUUUACUGGUGUAAAACCUGACGUUAUCGGCGAAGGGACGCAUAUGCUGAUUCCAGGAAUCCAAAAACCAAUUAUUUUUGAUAUUCGGUCAACUCCACGAGUUGUCUCCACGAUUACAGGAAGUAAAGACCUGCAAAAUGUGCAAAUAACGUUGAGAAUUUUGCAUCGACCCGAGCCGGGCAAAUUACCUAAUAUAUAUUUGAAUAUUGGACGUGAUUAUGCAGAAAGAGUGCUACCUUCAAUUACAAAUGAAGUUUUAAAAGCUGUUGUUGCUCAGUUCGAUGCACAUGAAAUGAUCACACAACGAGAAAGUGUUAGUCAUAGAGUUUCUCUUGAACUAUCAGAAAGAGCGAAACAGUUUGGCAUUUUAUUAGAUGAUAUUGCCAUUACGCAUCUAUCUUUCGGGCGGGAAUUUACAGAUGCUGUCGAGAUGAAACAAGUUGCACAGCAAGAAGCUGAAAAAGCUCGUUAUCUUGUCGAAACAGCAGAGCAAAUGAAAGUUGCAGCUGUAACAACUGCAGAAGGUGAUGCACAAGCAGCUAAACUUUUAGCUCAGGCAUUCAAAGAAGCUGGUGAUGGCUUAAUUGAGUUAAGAAAAAUUGAAGCUGCAGAAGAAAUAGCCGAAAGGAUGGCGAAAUCCCGAAAUGUUGUGUAUUUGCCGAAUAAUCAAAAUACACUCUUCAAUAUGCCAGCAGUAUUUGUGAAAGGCAACAUGCCAUUGUCUUGCCGAUUUUAUGCAAAUCAAUUUCCGGAUGUGGAGGAUACGGUUAUGGUAAAUAUACGGCAAAUUGCCGAGAUGGGUGCCUACGUAUCGCUGCUGGAAUAUAAUAAUAUAGAGGGUAUGAUAUUGCUAUCAGAGCUUUCACGGCGACGUAUCCGUUCAGUGAAUAAGUUAAUCCGAGUUGGUCGAAAUGAGUGUGUCGUUGUUAUACGUGUUGAUAAGGAAAAAGGUUAUAUUGAUUUAUCAAAAAGACGAGUUUAUUCAAAGGAUUCGAUACAGUGUGAAGAACGAUUUGCUAAAGCUAAAGCUGUCAAUAGUAUCCUUCGACAUGUAGCUGAUCAGUUAGGUUAUGAUUCUGAAAAGCAACUGGAAGACUUAUAUGAGAAAACAGCAUGGUAUUUCGACAGAAAAUUAAAGAGGAAAGGAGCUGCAUUUGAUAUUUUUAAGAAAGCCAUCAGUGAUCCAACUGCUUUAGAUGAGUGCGACAUAACACCGGAUAUUCGUGAAAAACUUUUGAUAGAUAUUAAGAAAAGGCUGACUCCACAAGCCGUGAAGAUCCGAGCUGAUAUUGAAGUUUCGUGUUUUUCAUAUGAUGGAAUAGAUGCUGUAAAAGAUGCCCUUAUUGAAGGGCAGAAAUGCUCAACUCCGGAAAUGCCAAUCAAGAUCAAUCUGAUAGCAGCACCACUUUUUGUUGUUACGACACAAACACUGGAAAGAAGUGAAGGUUUGGAAGCAAUUAACAAAGCUCUUUAUACAAUUAAAAAAACUAUCGAAAAUUGUCAAGGAAGUUUCAAGAUCAUCAUGGCUCCAAAAGUAGUAACAGAUUUGGAUGAAGAAGAAAUCAGGAAACGAAUGGAAAUGAUGGAAACUUUUGUUGAAGAAUUAAGUGGUGAGGAAGGUAGCGAUGAUGAUGGUUUGGUGGCACCGAAAGGAUUAGAUCAGCAAGCAGAUGCUGAAGAGGCAACUCGACGAGAUAGAAGUGAUAAUGAUUCUGAUGAACUUGAUGAAUGA